AAAUAAAAAAAAAUCACACAUUUUUCGUGAACCAUCAUCAAAAUUUUAGUAUGCCACAUGUCGAAGAAGGGAUCCCAAAGAAUUCUCAUACCGAGAGGUCUAGUAGAUCCAAAUGAAGAUACCAUAAUAGAAGUUCCCAGAAAUUAUAAAGAAACUCCAGUAGUAGUGGCAAGUAGAUCUGAAAGAAAUGUAAACAUUGCCAGGAGUACCAAAAGCAUUAAACUUAGAAAAGAUGAAGAAGAUUUUGAUUAUGUAAUGUACAAUCAAAAACCAACUGCCCAAUAUCCACGUGCACGGAAUCAGGCGGUAAGCUAUGUUCCACAAGCAAACUAUAAUACUCAACCAUCUCAAGCAACGAUCGAUGCCCAACCACCAGUAAGCUAUCCUCCCCCAUCAGUGCAUAGUCGACAACCAAACCUAUAUCAGCCACCAAUAAAAUGUACAAACGCUACAACUUAUGAUAGUGCAGUGCCUGAACGAAACCUAGAUAUAUCAUUAACUAACCUUGACGCAACAGAAAAAGCAGAACUGCAACAAGUCCAAGAUAAACUAGAAGCAUUUCAAAGAGCAAGAAGACAAUUUUUACUGGAAGCUAACCAACUUACAAUUAGUAAAGGAGUUCAGACUGCACCUCCUUCAGGAACGGGGUCAACAGGAUUUUCGACAAUACCUUCCACGUCUUCUAGUCGAACACAGACAAGUAUUUUGAACACUGGUUCCUAUUUAUCAUCUAGUACCAGAGAGCGAACCAGACGAGUACAAGUUACUGAAAAUGAUUCUGAAGAUGAUGUUGGUUAUAGUUGCAUAUGUAAAUAGUUAAAUAACGCCUUGUAGUGUAUUAUCAACACAUUUAUAAAAGCGAGUACCUACCUAACGUACCUAACUAUUUGUUGUAUUCCCUUAUACCCUAUUAGUAAAGUGCUUGAAAGAUAA